GAACCAGACGCAGAGCGCACCCCAUCUUCCAAAAUCUCCCAAACGCAAAAGGCGAUGCGAUCGACCCAACCCUAGCCGCGGGCGGUCCCAGCCAUAGCCACCGCGAUCCCCGCUCUCCGCUUCCCCGAGUCGCGAACCACAGGUUGGCUUCGACCACCGCCCCAUCAAGCAUCCCAGCACGCUGCGCAACCGCGAGCUAGCGAGGGGUGUAUUUGGGCAUGUAAAACCUGGCAAAUCAACUGAACUUUGUAAGUGAGGUGUGAGGCCGGAUGGAUGUAAUAAUUUUUUAACUCCGGGUCUUCACUAGAAGGAUGGACACCAAACGUGGGAGGAGCCUUAGUCCAGUGGAAAUCAAGGAUGACCACUCUAGGGGGAGUGAGAAUGGAAGGAAAGACAACUCAGCUGUACAGAAUGACUCUAGCCAUGCCAGACCAGGCAGAGGUCGGGAAUUUGUUAGGCAUUCUGAUAGGCAUUCCUAUGGAGCACCUCGUGAAUCCAGGAGGCAUGAUGAUUAUAGGAGGUAUCAUGAUAAGCGAGCUGAUGAUCAUGGCAGGAGCCGUUCUAGAACUUCUCGGUCAGAUCGGGAAUCAAGGGCUGACACUUACUAUUAUCCUUCAAAGCGUGAUGACACAUCUGAUAGAUCACAUGAUGAUUGGAGAAAUGUUGACAGCAGGUAUGGGGGCAAAUCUGUUAAGGGAGAGCAGAGGACUAAGAAUCAGGAAAAACAUGGGCCCCCACGUGAAUACCCUAGACAUGAUGGCACAGAGUAUGACAAAGAUGCUGAUUUAAGAAAGGAAACCAACUCUACCAGAAGGCAUCCAGAAGAAGAGGAAAGUAAAAACAAGGAGAAGUUCAAGCAGGAGGAUGCUCUAAAGAAGAGAAGCGGCAAGGAAAUUGAGAAAAGCAGCUGUGCAGCAGAACCUGAGCUAGAAACUAGGGAGAAGAGAAGAAGCUUGUUCAGUUCUGUUGGUCCAGGUGUUGAAAAUGCACAGCACAUGGAAAUGGAUACCUCAGGAGGAAUUAAAGACGAAACCAUGAAUGAUCUGAAUGCUGCAAAAGUUGCAGCGAUGAAAGCUGCUGAAUCAGUGAAGAAGAACAUUCUAGGAUUUGGGGUUGGAACCGGGCGGUUAUCCACUGACCAGAAGAAAAAGCUGCUUUGGGGCAACAAAAAGAGUAACCCUACAGAGACAAGCACUCACUGGGAUUCGAAUCUGUUUUCUGAUCGGGAGCGCCAAGAGAAAUUCAACAAACUCAUGAGCCUGAGGGUGCCUUGGUGGCUAUGGCCUAUUGUAGGGUGUGAAGAGCAAUACCUCUGCCUCGGUUCAAGAGAGCAAGGCCGUCAACAAAGGGGAGGGUCCGGCGGAAGUCAAGAAACAGGAGGAGCUCGACACCGACCUGGAGAAACUCUAUGUAGCAGGCCUGCGCCGGAGAGAUGGCCGAACUGUCGGCCUCGGCUUGUAGCGAACUCUGGAUGUGAGUGUGGCAGCACCCAAGAUCUGAAGUACCUGUUAUGUGGUACACAGUUCAUUGGCUCCUUUAUCCUUGCAUGUGGAAAUUUGACUGCCAGUUUUGCAUCAAAAACUGUAGAAUUGGGUUAUUAUGAUCAUAUUGUGGCUCAUGAACAUCUAUUAUGUCUGAUUCACACUUAUAUAGUGCGCUGGCAUAACUUGUCGCCCCGGAGGACUUUUGCACUUGGAUUUGUGCUUUGCUUGCCCUUUGACCAUAAACAAGACAGCGGGUGGGCAACAUUACUCUUACAUAUUUAUUUUUCUUUGUUGGAUCCCAAAGCUACACAGUUUUCUUAUUCGCUUAACUACGAGAUGACCUCUGAGUACUUAAAAAACUAUUACCUCUGUACAUUAAUAUAACAUGUUUUUGCAGUUCAGUUUGAACUACAUUAAUUUACA